GCUGGCUGCCCCAAUCCACAAUAGACAACCUCGUAGAUAAGAAAGUGUGCUGUAAAACUUGUCACCUUCUCACUCCCCCACCACCAUUAAUUCACUCCUACUCGUUUUAUAAAUUUUAAUCACUCUUCUUUGAUUUUGAUAUAUAAAAUCAAUCACUUCUAAUCAAGAUCCUUCAGUUUUCCCUGUGAAAUGGCGAUGAUUGCAUCCAGGUUAUUGGGAAAAGCCAGAAACUUGGUUCAUCACAAAAAUCUCUCCUUUUUGUUAGGAUCAGUUGUUAUCAACAACACUUAUUCUUCUUCUUAUUCCUCAUUUCCUUCUGCUGUUAAGAGAUCACCACAUGCAUCACAGCCGGGUAACAUUAGCAACAACUCAGCCACUAUUUCUUACUUCUCUCACUAUGAAUCAACCAAAGCUGAGGCGCAGUUGGAAUUGCAGGAAGAUGAUCAUGAUCAGGUCAUUGAUUUUCCUGGAGGGAAAGUUGCUUUUACUUCUGAAAUGAGAUUCAUUUCUGAGUCUUCUGGGAAGAGGGCUCCUUGUUAUCGAGUUCUUGACGACAAUGGAGAGCCCAUGAAUCACAGCAACUAUGUACAGGUUAGCAAAGAAAUGGCAGUGAAGAUGUAUUCUGAGAUGGUAACUCUUCAAACAAUGGACAGCAUAUUCUAUGAAGUGCAGAGGCAAGGUAGAAUCUCCUUCUACCUUACCUCAAUGGGAGAAGAAGCAGUUAACAUUGCAUCUGCAGCUGCUCUUUCAUCAGAUGAUAUUGUAUUGCCUCAGUACCGGGAGCCUGGAGUUCUAUUGUGGCGUGGUUUCACACUGCAACAAUUUGCCAACCAGUGCUUUGGAAACACUAGCGAUUUAGGAAAAGGCAGGCAGAUGCCUAUUCAUUACGGGUCUAACGAGCUUAAUUACUUCACUAUAUCAUCCCCCAUUGCAACACAACUUCCUCAAGCUGUGGGGGCUGCUUAUUCUCUUAAAAUGGAUGGGAAAAGUGCAUGUGCUGUCACAUUUUGUGGAGAUGGAGGUACUAGUGAGGGAGAUUUCCAUGCUGGUAUGAAUUUCGCUGCGGUUAUGGAGGCCCCUGUUAUUUUUAUCUGUCGUAACAACGGAUGGGCCAUCAGUACCCCUACUGAAGAACAAUUUCGAAGUGAUGGUAUUGUGGUUAAAGGCCAAGCUUAUGGUAUCUGGAGUAUCAGAGUAGAUGGAAAUGAUGCUCUUGCUGUUUAUAGUGCAGUUCAUACUGCUCGUGAAAUCGCUAUAAGAGAACAAAGACCAGUUCUAAUUGAGGCUCUCACUUAUAGAGUAGGACACCACUCUACAUCUGAUGAUUCAACUAAGUACAGGCCAGUUGAUGAGAUUGAAUAUUGGAAGAUGGCAAGAAACCCUGUAAAUAGAUUCAAAAGAUGGGUGGAAAUGAAUGGCUGGUGGAGUGACAAGGAUGAAUUAGAGCUUAGGAGCAGUGUCAGGAAGCAGUUAAUGAAUGCGAUUCAGGUGGCAGAGAAAGCACAAAAACCUCCACUUGAGGACUUGUUUCAUGAUGUUUAUGAUCAAGUGCCAUCAAACCUUCAGGAGCAAGAAAAUCUACUUAGAGAAACCAUCAAGAAGCACCCGAAAGAUUACCCUUCAGAUGUUCCUUUGUAGAUAUUGCCAAUUCAAAUGAAUAUUGUACAGAAUCUGACUGUAAAAGUGGAAAAUGGAUUGGAUGUUCUUGUGGUAUUUAAUUAUUUCAA